CCUUGGCUGCAUCACCGCUUAACUCCCUCUCUCUCCUCAACACAUCCCAGAUUACGUGUCCACCACCUACGCCCUUCUGUUCAUGCAAACCUGCAUCAGACAAACACCACCCACGUGACCCCCCCUGCCUCUUUCUCACUACUCACCUCCACCACCUUCUCCUUCAAAUCCUUCAACUCCCAAGUCCCACACUACCACCAACCACAGAAGCCCAAAAACCAGUUUGAUCCGAAAUGGCUCAUCAAGACCAGCCUCAGAAAACCCAGCUUUCUUAUCAGCUCAUCAAGACCUCAACCGCAGCCACCAUCGGCGGCUCCUGCAUGGUUCUCUCCGGCCUCACCCUCGCCGGGACCGUGAUCGCCCUGGUGGUGGCCACGCCGCUGCUGGUGAUAUUCAGCCCUGUGCUGGUGCCGGCGGCCAUAACGGUGUUCUUAGCGGCAAGUGGGCUGGUGGCGUCGGGAGGAUUUGGAGUUAGCGCAGUGUCGGUGUUUUUAUGGCUGUACAAAUACGUAAGGGGACAGCACCCAGUUGGUGCAGACAAGCUGGAUCGCGCACGAGACAAGCUGACGGGCAAGGCCAUGGAGGUGAAGGAGCGGGCGGCAGAGCAGAUUGGCACUAGAGGAACGCAGGGUUGAUGUUGCAGGUUCCUGGAAGCCACUGUCAUGGAAGAAGGAAGGGAUUUGGGUGUUGUGUUUGUAAUAAUUUGCUCUAGGUUUGUUUCUUCCUGAAGUACUAGUUUAUGUUUGAUGUUGUGUGUCUGUGUUUGUCUUCUGUGUUCAUGUUCCUCUGUGAUGUAUGCUUAUGAAUUAUUUUCAAUAAAACAAAAAUCCAGGGUGCAAAUUUCUUCUGAAGUAUCAGGAGAAAGUCUGGUGGGUUUAACUUCGUA